CUUCGACUAACGCGUGCGUCAAACCAACUAAUCUUUCUCAUACGUGUCAAUUCGAAGCGUUCUCGAGGUGAUUUCGGCGCGUCUAUUAAUUAACACGCGGCGACAAUUUUCCGACAAUUAACGGGGAAGAGUCGGACGGGUUGAACUCUACGCCUUCCUUCCUUCAAAUCGAAAUUUCAUUCAACACUUUUCUCUCGAUAUAACCAGUUUCUUUUUUCUCUCUCUUUCGUACUGACAGGAAAAAAAUGUCGUACAACCUGUCGAUCUCGCCCAUCUGCCCGGACCCGAAUCUGGGGCCGAGCCUCGCUCAGGUGUGCCCUGGGCCGCAAUUUUUGACGUUCAUGAGCCUGUUCAACACGUUCGCGCUCGCCAAGGAGGAGGUGUCGCUGCUGUGCCAACGUUUCGAGCCCGUGGAACCCGCCGAAUAUUAUUACGAUUUCAUCGUGGUGGGCGGAGGAACAGCUGGCUCCGUGGUGGCGUCCAGACUGAGCGAGCAGCGGGAAUGGAAAGUUUUGUUGCUCGAGGCUGGCCCGGACGAGCCGCCUGGCACGGAUGUUCCAAGCAUGGUUGCCAUGUUUCUAGGUAGCGACAUCGAUUGGGGUUAUCGAACGACGAACGAGAAAAACGCCUGUCUAUCCUCGGGCGGUUCGUGUUUCUGGCCACGUGGUAAAAACCUAGGUGGCACCUCGAGUCACAACGGCAUGAUGUACACGCGCGGCCAUCCCAAGGAUUACGACGAUUGGGCGGCGAUGGGCAACGACGGUUGGUCGUGGCAGGACGUCCUGCCGUAUUUCAUGUGCUCGGAGAACAACACGGAGAUCAAUCGAGUCGGGCGGAAAUACCACUCGACCGGCGGAUUGCUCAACGUGGAGAGAUUUUCUUGGAGGCCGGACAUUUCCAACGAUAUACUGGCCGCGGCGGCCGAGUUGGGAUACCCGAUCCCCGAGGAGUUGAACGGCGAUCAAUUCACGGGAUUCACGGUCGCGCAAAUGAUGAGCAAAGACGGUGUCCGACGGAGCACGGCCACCGCUUUCCUCCGCCCGUUCCGCAACAGGAGCAAUUUACAAGUGAUCACCAACGCCACCGUGACCAAGAUCCUGUUGAAGGAGAAGAAGGCGGUUGGCGUGCAAUAUUACAAAAACGGCGAGCUUCGCGUAGCGCGUGCCUCGCGGGAAAUAAUCGUCUCUGGCGGCGCUGUCAAUUCUCCUCAAAUCCUGCUGCUCUCCGGGAUCGGUCCAAAGGAGCAUUUGGAGGCAGUGAACGUGAGCGUGGUCCACGAUCUUCCAGGAGUGGGGGAGAAUCUGCACAACCACGUCUCGUUCACGUUGCCGUUCACGAUAAAUCGACCGAACGAGUUCGACCUGAGCUGGCCGUCCCUGUUGGAGUACAUCGCGUUCACGAAGGGCCCGAUCGCCUCGACGGGGCUCUCGCAACUCACGGGUAUCGUGUCCUCGAUUUACACGAGCGAGGACGAUCCCGAUCUCCAAAUCUUCUUCGGCGGUUACCAAGCGGCUUGCGCGACCACGGGCCAACUCGGCGCGUUGAUGGACGGCGGUGGCCGUCAUGUAAGCAUCUCUCCGACGAAUCUUCAUCCCCGCAGCAGAGGCAGCCUUCGAUUGGCGAGCAACGACCCGUUCGCCAAGCCAGUGAUCCACGGCAAUUAUUUGAGCGACCCGAUGGACGAGGCAGUCCUUCUCCACGGGAUUCGGAUAGCCCUGUCGCUGAGCAACACGAGCGCGUUGGCCAGGUACAACAUGACUCUCGCCAACCCCCCUCUCCCCGCCUGCUCCCAGCACACGUAUCUAAGCGACGACUACUGGAGGUGCGCCAUGCGCCAGGACACCGGCCCGGAGAAUCAUCAGGCCGGUUCCUGCAAAAUGGGCCCGGUCAGCGACCGGAUGGCGGUGGUCGACCCGAGGCUGAGGGUGCACGGCGUCGACGGUUUGCGCGUGGCUGACACGUCCAUCAUGCCCAAGGUGACGUCCGGGAACACGGCCGCUCCAGCGAUCAUGAUCGGCGAGAGGGCAGCGGCUUUCGUCAAGUCUGACUGGGGUGGCGCGCCUGCAAAAUGUAGCCCCCGUCCCGAGAUCGACAACUCGUUGGAUCUGUUGCUCUGGGGGAUCAAAUACAUCGACUGGGACCAGGGCGACUGGUAGUCAACGUCCUCGAGAUCUCACUAGAUCCGGACGACCGGUUUUAUCCCUUCGAUCGGGAGAAAGUAUUCCAGAUAGUUUCUUCUCCUUUUCAACAUCCACUCUUUGUAACAAACGUCGAGACCAAAGAAAUGUAAAUGCGGAUUCAAUAAAUUGAAUUAUUACAAUCCAA